AUUGAUUGCCAGGUUUGUUUCUGUUUACGACUUGGAUUGCCCCCAAGCACUGACGUCAUAACUCAACUCAAUAUGAUCUCGCUCCAACUGGAUGGGAGCGGAAAGAUACUGUAAAAAUGAAAUUUCAAAAUGACAAACCAGCGCCAAUGACUUUGAUACAUUUAGAACUGGUAAAAAUAACGAUGACAACUAGAUCAAUAGGUCUCUGGUGAAAUGAAUGUCGGCAUGACCACUAAUGUGAGUCUUGUGCUAGCCAGCACGACAGUGUUGAGCCUCAACCAAUCUAGCUCAAACGAAGACCACUCCUUCCAGCUGAUCAUUGUGGACCUGGGCACAGCUGUAGUUUUUAGAGUGUUCAACAUCCUGCUCACCACAUUAGUCAUCGGUGUGAUUGGUCUGUUGGGGCUCAUGUCUAACGUUGUUACCAUCGUGGUUCUAUCUCGUCAAGUGAAUGAAAGCAUUAACAUCGUUUUCCUCGGCAUGGCCAUCUCUGACUUUUGUGUCAACAUACUCUCAGUAUGGUUCACCGUGACCUGCAGCAUCAACGAGUCCAAUCCGCCAAACUUUCCAUUCGAGCCUCUCAGCUUCCUUGUCAUGACGGCAGUGAUCCCCAAAUUUUUCUUCAUCAACUCCACCUGCUGGCUGACAGCUCUUGUGGCAAUCAUGCGAUGUCUCUGUGUUGUGCUGCCCUUUAAGGUCGGCGUCCUUUUCACCCCUAGAAGAACUGCCGUUCUAACUAUUGUCGUCUUUGCCUUCUUCGUCUUUUUAUACUCCACGGCCUACUUCCGGAACGAGUUUGUUCUGGUUUUCUUCCCGGAAAUCAACGCCUCUUUGUACAUCAUGGUGGAGUAUUCCAAAGGGGCUGUUAUCGACGACACGGUGUACUAUUUAGGGUUUGUUGCUAUGCCGAUGGUCAACAUGUUUAUUGUCAUCUGCUGCACGCUCAUACUAGUCAUCAAGGUCAAGGCCUCGGUCAACUGGCGAAACAUAGCACAAUCUGGCAAGUCGUUUUCGAUAGAGAAAAAAUCUGUCCCAGUCACCGGAAGAGAGUCGGUCACAAAAGAAGGGAAGCUAACCAAAAUGGUCGUCACUAUCACGUCAGUCUUCAUCGCCUGCAACAUGCCAAACAACUUGGUUAUAAUGGCGCGUUCGUUUGAACCGGAAUUCUCAGAGCGAGGCAAAUAUCAGUUUAUUUUCAUCAUGAUUCACGAUGUGAUGUACAUCUUAGAAACAGUGAACUCUAGUGUUAGCGUGCUAAUUUUUUACAACAUGAGUUCAAAAUUUAAGUCUGAGUUUAAUAGAAUCUUUCAUUUUUUAACUUAAGAUAUCGGUAUGUCCAUCAGGAAAGUAAAAUGCGGGUUAGGGCUCGAGUUUUAGUUCCCAUUUCCCCAUCUUGUGUGUUUUUAGAUGUCACUUUUCCUAGUCAGAAAAGAUUUAUCUUUAAUUUCAUUUUUCUUUGAGUACCUCAUACUAACAUCCAUGAAACUGUUCCCCCCUUUUUUUUUUAAAUAACUUUAGACACUUCGAUGACCUUGUCUUGAGUCCAUGCGCUCUAUUUGCAAGGGAUUAGCUUCAUUCGCUAAUGGUGAAUACGAUGAGCCUUUGCUUUCUGGGAACAAACUUGGCAGACAGCGUUGUUACUGUCUCGCAGUCCACUUCAACUGGUUAGGUUCAGUUCACAUUAUAACUGCUAGAAGUUCAUUGCACACCGACAUAAGUAAGUGCAGAAGGUGCACUUUGGCUCGUGCACUGUUGGAGACUAGACUUAGAAGCUAUGUUGACCUAGAGAGACAACGGAGAUCAGUCCAAGUCAAGAGGCUUGUGAGGAAGCUGCGCUUAAGACAGACCUUGUUAUGUGUUUGUGAUGUCCUUUAAAUAAACAUCUGCUCUCUUUGAGUUAUCUUUCCAUAGAUAAGUCCCAGACCUUAUUCCAGUGACUUGGCAGAAUUUAAGUUAUUGGUUAAUACGCAUGACUAAAUGCAUGACGCGUAGGACGUAAUCAUCUUCUUUUUUGAAGUAACGUCUGUAUUAUAUAAGAUAUAUAAGAUAAGAUAUAUUUUUCUUCCGUUCAUAUUUUUUAAAAUUGCUUUAAGUUUACCUUUCAUUGUUAUAGCAAGCUCAGACCGCCUUGGUCCAAUCUCUUUUGAGCAAGUCACUUUUUUUGGACCAUUGUGGGCAGGGGGUAUCAGUUAGAAGAUUUCCAUGCUGCCUUAAGGCGCUGAGCAAACGCAACUCAUCUCAAGUCACGAUACGUACUCGAGCCCCCUUGAUAGGCAGCCCUUCGAAUAUUAAAUCAAGCUCCGACCAACAUAGUUGCAAAACUUAAAAGUCUGGCGACGCUUAAAAUCAAAGAGAUUGAUUCACCCAUGAAGAAUUGUAAGCAAGAAUAUUCUACAAAGAAGAUAUCAUGGACCCGAGACAAGGUCAUCAAGAUAUUUAGUAAGAGACCAUGGACCCGAAACAAGGCCAUCAAGAAAGUAGGGUUGUUACAUUUUAAAAUUUGCAGGAACCAAAUUACAGGGAAUUAAUAAAACUAGUGCCUGUCUUUAUACACACACACACACACACAUACAUACAUGACAGUACCCUUUACACAUACAGAAACGUUUCUAAGCGUUUUAAUGUACAGAAUAUUUUUUUUUAUAUUAUAUUAUAAAAGCUUUGUAUUAAAUAAAUAUUUG